AUGGAAACCUUUAAUCACAUAAACCUUCGCAUUAGAAAGGCGAAGAAUGACGACCUUGUCCAAGCUUUGCGGGGUCAGAAGAUCCCUCGAGCCCUUGGCGACGAGAGUACAAGAAGAUGUGUCAUUCGUGGUAUCCGAUAUCACUAUGGCUUCGGGACCCAGCUUCGUGGGCUCCUUCCCGAAUUCACUCGCACCCUCAAUGCAAGAAGUAACAUGAGCAAUGAAAUACCUGAUAUGAACCCAGAAUGCCCUGAAGAAUUUCCCUACUGUAUCUGGCAUCCCGAUACAGCGUCAGAGGCAACCUCUCGAGAGCUAGCCAAGCGCUAUCCUCACAUGAAGUACUUAGUGGGUCGUGCAUGCGCCGUGGCAGGUUUUACAGAUCUGUUUCACGAGUUGGAUCUGCUACCUGAAUGA